AAUUCUCUUCCUCUUAAUCAGAGAAAAAAUCUCAUAGCAAUAGAAUGGAGAAAUCAAAAUGUCAAAAACAAACUUUGUUAAGUGUUGCUAAUCUUAAGCUUCCCUCAUUUCAGGUGGUGGUGGUGAAUGCAGAUUUGGGAUGCACACAUUGCAGGAGCAGAAUAUCUCAAAUCAUGUCAAGGAUAACAGGGAUGAGGGAGUAUACAAUAGAUGUUGGGAAAAAGCAAGUGAUUGUAAGAGGGGAUGUUAGAAAUCAUCACCAGGAAAAAAAUGGUGCAGUGAAGAGCCACAAGAUCAAUGAACACCAUAGCCAAAUUUUCGCCUUCUUCUUUAGUUUACUGAACUUGCGUUGGAGCACCAAGAAGAUGAUUGAUUAAUCGAAAGAACAAAGAGUUUGAUUGAUGAACAUUCAUUCAUGGGGUUGACAUGUAUGAAUUUAUCAUGCUAACAAAGGAGUCAAAUACAUAUUCUUUCAAAUGUUUAUUUGUUGGGAAUGUUGUGUUUCCAAUUGAUUACUGGUGAGUUUCUCCUUUUGUUCAUUGUAUAAAGUUUCUAGUUUCUUUAUA